UCAGGAUCAAGAGGUGGGAGGCGAACAACCCACAGCUGGCCACAGAGUUGGGGGGGAAGGCAAGAGCGGUCCUAGACAUCGACAAGGCAGCGGUGCUGAAGCUAGUGCGCGAGAGGCUUAGCGGGUAUCAGCAGGAGUUGAGGUCUCGCGAUACCAGCACGGGGACAAGCCGACGCGCACCAGUUGGGGCGGGGGUAGAGGUGGAGGGGGGGACUGGACCAGCUGCGGGGGGGGAUGACGGCCUAGAUGAUGGACUGUUCAGUACACUGGAUGAGCUGGAGGCGGAGGCGGGGUCGCAGCAGCUGGACGAGGUGGACACAUACAUUAGGGCGGCGAAGGAGCCGCGGACUCCUGCCCGCUAGCCUAUUGGCGUGACAGGCACUACCUCCCCGGGUUGAGGGCGAUGGCUCGGGACUACCUAGCUAUCCCGGCCUCGUCUGCAGCAAGUGAGCGAGCUUUCAGCCAGAGUCGGAAUAUAUCAUUACUUGGCAGAGUCAUCGACUGACAGGUCCUCACGUGCGUGCGACCAUGACUAUCAAGUCAUGGCUUUCGCAGAACACGGGGGUGCCGCCCUUGGAUGCCAAGAAUCUGAAGGCAACUGGAGGAGUGUGCCUUGAGGGGGAUGAUGAGGGGCUUUGAGUGGGAUUGGGGGUGGUGCUGCAGGUUGGGAUUGGAUUAAACAUUAUUACGUCUCUCCAAGGACCUGGCAAUGAGCCAAUGGGCCCUCUUUGGGACUUUAUUUAUUAGGCUUGAUAACGUGCAUACAUGACUGCCUAAUUCUGCAUUUUCCAUAGCAUGAGGGCCUGCAGCAGCCGACAGCCCAAA